AUGAAUUUUUUGCUCCGCUUCAUCCAGAUUUCAUUGGUGUUCGGAGUGCCCAGUUGCUGCCCAUCUGGGAGUAAUCUUAAUGGGAAUUACUGCGAUUGUUCAAGCUCAUACUAUUUGGCUGAUAAUAAAGUUUGUGUAAAUUCUUGCCCUUCUCUUUUUGUUGCUUAUCCAGGAAUUCCUUCUUCUAGUGGAAAUACAUGUGAUGCACCCUAUGGAAAUGAUGCAAUUUUAUUUGAAUUGAAAUUCUCAAGUAUUCAAGACUUAACAGCUACUUACAUUGAAAAUUCAGCUAAUUCUAUCGAAAAAUUUUUAAACCCAAACUCCAUUUCAUUUAACUCUCCAACCCAAAAUUCCCCAUUACCCACAAUAGAUCGGGGCUUUUAUUUUGCAGCAACUUCCAGUAUGACCAGCGAUCAUAACUAUAACCCAGCCCUUUAUUUUACUUUAAAUUUAUGAAUAAAGCCUCUUGCAAGUGGAGAAAUUUUAAAUGUCAUGCUAAGCUCGACCCAAUAUACAAGAAUAUGAGCAGAUUUCUCAGGUGUAUAUAAAUUUAACGGAAUUAUUUAUGAUACAAAUAAUAAUGCUAAUCCAAUUUCAGGAGCAAGUACAAUAAGCUAUACUUCAUCAUGGCAUAAAGCUUCUAUAGUUCUUAAUCAAGUAUCAUGCACUGAUACUACGAUCUCUUUUUAUAUAAAUGGAUCAGGGGCUGGAUUAUCUACAAUAAGCAGCUCUGAAGCAAGAUUUGUGGGUGGAGCAGCAUAUACAUGGACUCUUGGGAACAUUAGUCCAGCAAACUCAUUUAGAGGGUUUAUUUAUUGACUUCAGGCAAGAGCUGAUACUACAACUUCAAGCUUUUCGGUAAUGGCAAGCACGAUUGAUUGUGUUGAUAAUCAAUAUUGAGAUGGAUCUGCUUGCCAAGAUUGUUCUGGCUGCCCUAUUUGGCCCUGGUGUAUUAGGGGUAGUAGUUGCAGUUAUUGUUACGCACUUAGCUGUUCUAGUUGUUAUGGAUACUCUGCUACAAUGUGCACAUCUUGCAACCCUGGCAAUUUUUUAUAUAACAGCAACAUCUGUCUUUCGAAUUGUCCCACUGGUUAUACAGAAAAUUCGUCUACUAAAACCUGUGAUUUUACUACAAAUACUGGAUUAGGUAUCGGUUUUAACGAUAAAAUUGUGCUUGAUUCAAUUUCAGGGAUAUCAGUAGGGUCAUCUAAUGUAUUAGCUUACCCAAGCUAUGACCCUAAUGACCCAUACCCAGCCUAUUUAAGGGGAUAUUAUUUUACUGGAACAACUUAUCUCUCAUUCCAGGUUGUGACUGGGCCAUAUUUUACUAUUUCCACUUGAAUCUAUCCAACUGGUCUAGGGACAAUAGUCUCUAAAACACUUUCUGGUAAUGAAAUACUUUGUCUUGAAAUUUCAAAUUCCGGCUUUCCCAAAUUUUCUCUUAUUUUAAGUGAUUCUUCGACCUUUUCUGUCACUUUAACUGCAAAUACAUUAAAUAAGUGAAGUUUUAUCGCGUUUACAGGGAAUAUUGACACAAACUCUAAAACCACUAUAAAUUCCUAUUUAAAUUCCCAAACUAAGGACUCUGGCUCAUCUAAUAAUUUCGCUUAUUUCCAGGAUAGCAGCUCAGGCUCUUUCUAUAUCGGAACAAAAUCUAGCUUAAGUAAUGGCUUUAGAGGAUUUUUAUAUGAUAUUAUUAUUUAUAAUACAGACACUCUGCAGCUUAGUGAUUAUUCAACAUCUAGCUGUACUUUACCUUGCUCAAAAUGCCCGAGUGACCACAGCUGUCCAGAUUCUUGCCCAUUAUCGCAAUAUAAUGAUGGUUCAUCCUGUGUAAAUUGUAAGUCAACUUGCACCAAAGGUUGUAGAUCUAUAGACACUUGUAGACUUUGCAAAACCAAGGUAAAGUUAUAAAGGUAUAAGCAGACUAGCUUGCAUACCUGGCUUAAGCCCACCUAACCUAAGGAUUAGCUCCCUAAAUUAGAGCCACCUAAUGCAAGUGCCUCGUUAGUACCGAUAAGCAAAAGACUAAGUUGAGGCAAAGCCUUCUAGUUCACCUGCAGGAAACGUUCAGGGAGAAACAAAAACUUCCCUCUCCGGCCGGCAUCCACAAACCCGAAGGCUACUUCAAACAGUGGCAGAGGGCUUCAUCGGACAGGCCCUAAUGCUCCAUAGGGAGUGUACCUCGAUCCAGCUUCUGUCGACGUGACCAUUUUAUUUCUUUUUGCAAAACAAAGAAAUGUAAUAGUUGCACUUCAUUCUCAGGAUCUUGUACAGAAUGCAUAAUAAAUGCAGAACCUGAUGGAUCAGGUGGAUGUAAAUGUAAAGACAACGCUUUUUGGUCACCAGGCUUAGAAAGGUGCAGUCUUUGUGACGUACUUUGUACUGUUUGCAAACAAACGACUUAUUUUGAAUGUAAUUCUUGUGUUUCAGGUAAACAAUUGGUCGGAGUGCUAUGCCUUAAUGGUUGUCCAUUUGGCUAUGGAUCUUCCUGUUCUCCAGUCUCAGCUGUCGUAAUUGACCUAUGCUUUUAUACUAAUUUUCAAGGAGGAUAUGGGACUUUUACGACAGGAGCAGACUCUUCGAAGUAUCAACCCUUUGUGUCGCCUGAAACGGUUGACCCAAUCCCUACUUACUUGAGAGGCCUUUAUUUUGAUGGUAGCAUGUACUUAUUAUCAUCUCAGUCUAUUUACAUCUCGCACAGUUUUUCUAUAGGAGUUUGGAUAUAUGUAAUCACCGAUGCAGACUUUUUGCAAAAGCAAACCAGGCUUAAAUUGUCGUCAACAGGUACAAUAACUGCUAUAAUGGAUGACACUGUACAAGCAGCUUCCACCCAAACUUUAUCUCCUACAUCUUCAUUUAUAGGCUGAACUUACUUAUCAAUUGUCAUAUAUUAUGUAUCAAAUUCCUCAGGUCUCACUAUUUACAUCAAUGGAGUAUCUGCUGGAUCCACAACAGCAGUCGAAAGAGUUUAUCGAGAUGACGCAUCAACAUAUUUGCAGCUUGGAAAAAGUGACAGUUCAGGCUUUGUUGGAUUUAUCUUUUAUUUUCAGCUUUGGAAUGUAGCGAUUACAGACUUUACCACAAUUAUUAAUGGGUUUACAUUUUGUGGGUCUGGAAAUAAGGCUAUAUGCUUAUGAUCAUGUGAUAUGACAACUUAUAAAAGUGGAAGCUCUUGUGUAGCUUGUAAUUCUUGCGCUAAAGGAUGUAGAAGAGCUAUUUCUUGUAAUAUUUGUGAUGAUCCAUUAUGCGCUGUUUGUACAGGAUUUGAGUCUGGAAAAUGCACAACCUGUGUGACUAAUGCAUCAAAAAAUCCGACAAAUUGUGCUUGUAAUCCAGGAUUUGGAGUUUCUGAUGAUGGUUUUUCAUGUGUCCCAUGUCUAGCAGUGUGCCCAACCUGCACUGGAGGUUGGUGAUAUCAAUGCUCAAGCUGCCAAGCAGGGCACUACCUUCUUAAUGGAAUAUGCUUAACAGAAUGCCCAUCAGGAUACACUCAAAAUACAUCAACUAAUAUUUGUGAUCUUUCUUACACAAUUUAUUCAGUUUUAUUUUCCAAUGUUAUUCUCUUACUCUGCAUUUUAUUAAUUUAUAUUUUUUUAAAAAAAUAUUUUUCAUGAUAAAUAUUAGGCAUAAUACCAAGCUACUUUAUAUCAAUUAAUUAGAUCCUAAAAGUGUUAUAUUGAUUGGAGAAGAAGAUAGAUACUAUUUCUGGAAUAAAUGUAGGCUUAUCAAAUACUAAUUCAUACCCAAACUACGAUGCCAACGAUCCUUAUCCAUCAUAUUUAAGAGGAUACUAUUACAAUUACAACAGUUAUUUAAGGACAAGUUUUAUGUUUUCACCAUCUUUUUCUAUUUCUUUAUGAAUAAAACCUUCAGCAGAUGGAUUUGUUAUAUCCAAAUUUAUAUCGACCUCAACUAUGAUGCAAGUAAAAAUAUCAUCAGGCUAUCCAAAAAUCUCUCUUCUUUUAUCAGAUUCAUCAACAACUAUAUCAGUCACAGGCGCUUCUAGUAUACUUUCAGGGGGAUGAUUUUACAUUUCUUUUGACUGCAAAAUUAAUUCUAAUGGGAAAACGACUAUAACAUCUUAUAUUGAUGGAACUUCUCCAGCUACCUUUACCACAUCCACUCCUCUUCUUUAUAGCGUCUGCACCCCUAUAGAUUGCCUCUGCGAGAGUUCUCCAUAGCAACUUGGAGCUCUGACGAGCCGCCUAAAGAUAACAAGUCAACUCCAAGUUGGAAAUCCUUGUAAAAGGGCACGCUUGACUUGUCACCUUUAGGUGGCUCGCUAGAGCUCCAAGUUGCUACGGAGAAUCCUCUGCAAAGCACGCUAUAGCGAUGAAGGCGCUAUACCUUCUAGACAGUCAAUCAGGAAAUCUCUAUAUCGGGCAUUACAGCUCAGGAUUCACUGGCUUUUUAUGGAAUGUUAAAAUUUACAGUCAAAAUAAUAAUGCUUUAAACGACUUUAAAACAACUGGGUGCUUAAGUAGCUGCACAAAGUGUCCAAGCGAUUCUACUUGUCUAGAUAGUUGCCCAAUAUCUCAAUACAAUAGUGGCUCUGCUUGCACUAAUUGUAUAGCGACAUGUGAUAAGGGAUGCAGAAAUUCUGAUACUUGUAGGCUGUGUAAGACUAAAGAAUGUGAGACAUGCACAGAGUUUGCAGGAGGAAAUUCAUGCUUGACUUGCAUAACUAAUGCAGUUAGUGACGGAUCUGGUGGCUGCACUUGUACUGCAAAUGCUUUUUGGAUCUCUUCUCAAACUUGCGAAUUUUGCGAUGCUCUUUGCUCAACAUGCUUAAAAACUACUUAUUUUGAAUGCUCAACUUGUUUAGGAAGUUAUCAAUUAGUUGGGCAUGUCUGUUUAAAGGGAUGCCCAUAUGGAUUUGAUGCUUCUUGCUCAUUGGUAUCAACUGCUGUAAUCGAUCAAUCUUUCAAUACAGAUUUUCAAGGCUCAUAUGGAAUUUUUACAACAGGAACUACCUCCACAUCUUUUCAGUUUUUCAAUACCCCUGAAUCAUAUGACCCCAUACCUGCAUAUAAGCGCGGCUUAUUUUUUGAUGGAACCAUGUAUUUAUUAUCAUCAGCUAGCGUCUUACUUUCUCAUAGCUUUUCAAUGGGAUCUUGAAUUUAUAUAAUAACCCACGGAGAUUGGCUAGAAAAGCAGACCCAAAUAGCUAUUUUAUCCUCAACAGGAAGCAUAACAGCUAAUAUGGAAAAUCCUUCACAGACCUUAACUCUUCAAUCUUUAUCCUCGAGCAGCUCUCUAAACAGCUGAAUUUAUUUGUCAUAUACUUUCAGUUAUAAUUUAGAUACUACAAAUAUAGUUAUUUAUAUUAAUGGAGCUUCAAUUGCAACCUCAGCUAUUUCUAAUUAUAUAAUAAGAGAUGUCCCUGGCACUAGAUUAAUUCUCGGGAAAAGUAGUGCUUCUGGCUUUAUCGGGUUUAUUAAUACUUUUCAGCUAUGGAAUGUCCCAAUUAGUGAUUUUUCAAGCUAUGUUAAUAACAUUAUAUGCGGCACAGGGUUAGGCCAUUCUUGCUUAUGAUCUUGCGAUUUAUCUAAUUACUGGAGUGGGAGUUCUUAUUCAGCUUGCAAUUCAUGCAGUAAAGGAUGUGUCAGAGCAGGAACAUGCAAUAUUUGUUAUGAUUUAUUAUGCUCUGUUUGUACAGGAUUUGGCUCAGGGAAAUGCACUCAAUGCGUUUCCAAUGCAAGCGGAGCUCCUUGUGCUUGCAAUACUAAUUAUAUGACUUCUUCAGAUGGAUUUUCAUGUGUAGCAUGCUAUAAUGGCUGCUCUCAUUGUACUUCUCCUUCUGGUAGUAAUUGUGUACUAGUUAAUGAAAAGAUAUUUGAUUUGGAUCUUAAUACUCUCAAUGGAGUCAUUUAUGAUAAAGCAAACUCUAUUCCAGUUAUAACUGGCUCAUCUAACUUUUACCCAAUAAAGUAAUAAAUGAUUAAAUUAAUAGAGAAUAUUUUGCUAUUAAGAAUUUUAAAGCUGCACUGUGAUUAAGCAAUUUUAUCCAGACUAUGAAGUUAAUGAUCCGAUUCCUGCCUAUUUAAGAGGGUUUUAUUUUAACGGCCAAACUUCAGUUUUGAGACUGCCAGAGUAUUCAAAUUAUACAUCUCCAAGGCUUGUCCUUACAUCUACUUUCACAAUUUCUCUAUGGUUAAAUACUGAAAGCUUGUAUGGAGCUUUAUUAUCAAAGCAUGAUAUUUCUGAUAAUUAUUCAUCAUUAUUCUCAAUCUCACUAAUAAGCAGUAAGCCAUCAAUCUCUCUGACAAUAAACUCAUCUCCUUUAUUUUUUAUGUGUCAAAAAUCUGUUAAUAAUUAUGAAUGAAGCCAUAUAGAAUUUACAUUUGAGACCACCCAAAGCGGGGAUAACGCGCUCUCUUGCUAUAUAAAUGGCUUAUCCGAUUCAUCAGAGAUAGCUGGGUCUGGAGCUUUUCAAGAUAAAGUACCUCAUACUGCAAUGUCUAUAGGAGCCCAGCUUAACUCACAGAUGGUUUAUAAUUAUUACCAAGGCUUUAUUUAUACCAUACAGAUCUUCAGUAUUAUUAAGCCAGUAAAUAGUCUAUCAACAGUUUUUUGCACAGAAAAUUGUAGUGUUUGCCCAACAAAUCAAAUAUGUAUUCCUAACUGCAAAAAAAAUAAAUAAAAUGAUGUUGUCGGAAAUUGGACAUCGAGUCACCCUCCCUAUAGAGUAGGUAGAACCCAUCCUUAUGAAGCUGAACACAGGACCUCCUUUUGAAAUAGACCAUUCAGGCUUGUCCCUGCCUUAUAGACUAGACAGGUUUUAGCCUACCACAUGAUUUUCCCUUGUUGGGACUAUCAGGGCACUCUACAGACGGUGGCCCUGCCCUAGGGAGCUAGUCUCUUGGACAGGUGGCUCAGGUAGGAAAUUCAAGAUGGCAGCCUUUCUUUCCCUCUUGUGGGGCGAGGGAAGAGGCUGUUUUGGAGCCGAGACAAGGCAAAAGACUAGUAGGUUGCUCGCUUAUGGACAAUUCAAUCGUUUAGUCGUUUAAUAGCUGCAAAAAAAUGAAAUAAAUCGUGAUAUACAUUUCUUAUAGUGCAGAUUUGAUCGGUUCAGAUGAAGAUAGCGCCUUUGCCACUUUUUGAAGUAGAUCUUUGGGUUUGGAAUAUCUACCUAGGAGGGAACUUUUUUUUCCCAAAGGUUUUCCCACCAGAUGAUCUAAACAGAUUUGCCUUCCACUAAGUCUCUUCUUAUCGGGACUAAUAGCGGCGUCCGCAUUAGGCCCUCUAGCCUAAGGAAUUGAUGCUUAGGUUAGGUAAAAUUUAUGCCAGAUAGGUAUUUUAGAGGUCUAUCCGCUUAUGGACUUAUAUUACUUAGUCUAAUUGCAAAAUAAAUGAAUAUUGAAGCGGGCCAGGUUAUAAUGUUUGCUAUCAUUGCAAUAUAAAAUGUACAAAAAGCUGCAGGGACUGGCGAGAUACAUGCUCUCUCUGUAAUAAUUUAUUAUGCAGAGAUUGUACAGAUUAUUCUAAUACAGGUUGCAUUACUUGUAAAGAUAAUGCCAUAAAUCCAGAUUCCUGCCUCUGUGAUGUAAAUUAUGUUCUUGAUCCUUCAAAUAAUAGCACUUGUGUUCCUAUUGGGCCAGGCGGAUAUCGAGGCCAGGAUGGAAUUUUUUAUCCUUGUCCAAAAUUAUGCAGUACAUGCGAAUCUCUUACUAAAUGCACAGCUUGUGUUUUAAAUGCUAGCCUUAUCAGCGACCUCUGCUAUUGCAAUCUUGGCUACAAUGGAACCACAGCUUGCACAUAUAUUCUCUUUUCAGCCAAGAUUUCAGUUUUAUCUGAUAAUUCAAUAUACCUUACGUUUUCUGAUACUCUUACAAAUAAUCUUACUGCAUCAAAUUUGACUAUAAAAAUUGGAAAUCAAGAAGUUUCAUAUAAAAUUGAACAGAUAAAUGGGACAUGCUAUUAUAUUUCUUUAAAGAUUAAGGAGGUAAUAACUAAAGGUACAUUGGUUGCUCUUGAAUUUUUAAAUCUAAAAGAAACCAAAUCAGUUUCUAAUGGAAUAUUGAACUCAUCAGAAAUUUCGGCAGCUUUGAACGCUUAUGAUCCUGCUCCAUACUCAGCAACAAUUGAAUCAAUAUCAUCUCAAGCAGAAACUGGAUCUAAGACUAUAGUUUCUGGAGCUGUUGCUUUAUCAUUUAUAAAUCCAAGUCCAAGCGGCUUAUGAAGUAUAAUGAAUACCUUGCAAAUUCUUACCGUCCCAAUUUAAUUUAAACAUUUACUAUUCAAUUUAUGGGAUUUUUUUAUUUGUAUAAAGAAUUUUGGAGAUAAGCCAAAAAUGCAACUAUUUAAAAGAUUUUUCUUUUUUUUCUUUCAUAUAAGAUAGUAGUAUUUAUUUUAAUGGGUUAAGUUAGCUAUUUAACCUUAUCAGGAAUACCACUAUCCAGCAAAAUGAACUCCUUUUUGAAUAACUUGAAUUCUUUUAGCAUAUUUCCGAAUAUUUUUACCUAUUUUAUAGAUGAAAAUGAAGGUAGCACUCCAUAUUCUCAAGCAGAAGAGUUUGGAUAUGACUCUGAUUUAAUCUUGAUAAUUCAAGGUAAUGAUUUUACACUAAUUUUGGCUUCUUUAUUAGCUUUUCCUAUAGUUUUAUUUUUCUCGCGAUGCUUGGCUAAACCUAACUCUAGAGCUCUACCUUGUAGUCCGGGAGCCUGGCUCUAUUUGGAAGUCCGAUUCAACCUGGAAGUAUGACAGUCUUGCUAUUACCGGAUAGUCCGUCUAUACUUGAAGUCUGGCUCUAUCUAAUUCAACUGCACUGUCUGGCAGUUUAGUUCUACCUAUCGGAAAAUUGACAAAUAUUUUCAGAAAAUUAGAUUAGAAGCGCGUUGUUUCUUUUGGAAAAUAAGCGAUUUAAAAUUAAUUGGGCAUUAAUUAAUAGAAUUAAAGUUAUCGAGGAAUUUAUGAAUAUUUAUAUUGCUUUUAAUACGCAUUAAUUGUAAAAUAAUUUUAUUGAGAGUUCAUUUUUAUGAUUGGCUGAAAUUAUAUCUGUAUUUGCUUUUUUUCAUGGGAUCAUAGUUAUUUAUUAUUUAAUAUUUAUAAAAAUAUGAUUAGCUUAAAUAUUUAUUAUUAAAUAAAUGUCAACAUUUUAUUCCUCUAUAUAUCGUCAGGUAGAGCCGGACUGCCUAACUGCAAGGUAGAGCCAGACUGCAAGGCAGGGCAGACUGCCAAUAGAAUCAGAUAGACCAAGCAGGCUUGACCUGAUGCUCACACAGAUGAAUUAGUAAAAAAUUCACAAAAACUCUCAAAAAUUAUCAAUAUGCAUUUUACUUGAGAUUUUGGAUCCAAUGCUAUCUUGAAUUAGGAGCUGCUGCUAGUAUCGGAUUUAUUACAGCUGGUCAUAAAAACAUCACUCAAAUAACCAAUCUUAUUAUCUGUUCAUUUGUUUAUGCUUUAAUUGUCAUCACCCCGCCCGGAUAUUUAUUAUUUUCUUAUAAAUAUAAAAAUCGCAUUCAGUCAAAUGAAAAGAGAUUUUUUUCUUUAUUCAAUACUUUUUACUAUGAAUUUAGAAAAAAUAAAGGAUUUAUUACAACACAAUAUUAUUUUGUAUUUUUCGCAAGAAGGCUUAUUUAUAUGGUAAACUUGGUAUUUUUAAGAGAUUACCCAGAAACAGAAGUAACUGUUAAUAUUGUGCUUUCCUUAAUCACAAUUAUUCAUCUAGCAGUUUACUGACCUUUUGAGGACCCAAUUUUACAAAUCGCCAAUUUAAUUGCAGAAAUAUUAAUUUGUUUAGUCAUGAUUUGCACAUCAGCCUAUUUAUUUAAUCUUGAGCAAGAAAUAGUUACAGUAGUUGAGAGUGUUAUUGUGGCAAUUGUGCUGACAGCUAUUGCAGUCCAAAUAAUUUCAUCUUUAGUUAUUUUUGCAAGAACUCUAUAUGAACUAAUGUAUAGUAAGCUUACUAAAGAAGGCAUCAUAGGAAAUGGCAGUCAACCAAAGAAUAACCAUAUAAGAAAAAUUGAAAAAUAG